AUGGAGCCUCCCAGAGUACACGUGAUUACGUUACCGUCUUCCCCACUGUUCUGGGUUCGAGCCACUGCACUGGUCUUCUCUUGUGUUGCAUUCAUUGUUACGAGAUUUGCCUUUCUGCCUCCUGGAGACACUAUUGACUGGUGCCUUGUCAGUUGGAUGUUCAGCUUCAUCUUUACCCUGUCCAUUCUUCUGGUGGAGCUGAGCAGGAUCAAGAACCAGAACCCUUUGUUCUGGUCAAAUGUCACCAUCACUUUUGCCUCCUAUGCUGCACUUUUCUGGCUUGUCACGUCCAUCACCUUACCAGUGCUUUUCAUCAUGAACCAGAUGUACUCCAAGAAUCCAAACUAUUGCAUCACCGCCACAGUCUUCUGCUACCUGGCAACAGUGGCCUACUUGGGGGAGGUGAUCCUGUCCAAGGCCAUGCACAAAAAGGAGAAAGGUUACAUGACCACAGUUUUGGGAAUGAUGAAAGUGUUUCAGACCUUUGUGGCCUGUGUGAUCAUCAUUAUCGUUAGCAUCCCAGGGUCGUACAAUGGAUGUGUUCCUCUACAGUGGUGCCUGGCCGUGUAUUGCAUCUGCUUCAUCCUCUCCAUGGUUGUGGUAGUGAUGUGUAUGUGGAAGAAGGCCACCCCUACUUGUGCUUGUCUAUUUUACCAAUCAGCAUAUGAACUCCUGGCAGUUGCCCUGUAUGUGACAGCCACAAUACUCUGGCCCCUGUAUCAGUUUCACAAGCAACACAAGAGCAAAGGCAGUGAAUCACUCAACGAGAUCGCAGUGGCUGUGCUCACCGACCUCAACCUCCUGAUCUACACGGCUGACCUGGCAUACUCUAUAAGACUACUAAAAAAAGCGUAUCUGAGAGAGAAUGACAUCACCCAGUGAGAACGGCUUACUUCUGGUUCUAGGGAAAUGGAAUCAAUUCAGUCGUCAGCUUUUUUGUGUUAUGGACUUUGCCAUGUUGGAACCAAACAACGUUAGUAAGCCGUGAUUUGUCCUCUCUCGCUGAUCAGGAGUGAGCUUGUUGGAAAGCCACACCCCUUUAAGUGAAAGUAAGCUAGAGAGCAUCUGUCAAACAUUUUGUACGAAUGAGGUAGAGGCCAGUGGGCACUACAGGGUUUUACUGAGGCGUCUGACUGGCCAGGUAAUAACUGUAAAUUGUGAUUAAAAAUAAAUCAUCAAUAUAAAUGAGGAUUAUCAAGAACACGUUAAAAAAAGUAUCAGAGCAAGAAUGGUUAUUCUGAAAAAUGUAAUCACUGUUUGAUAGAUGUUUAUUUCUCAAUAGAAGUCCAUGGGAUUUUGGCUUUUAGGGACCAGCGAGCAGUUCCUGUUUGGAACGCCAGGGGGUAGGGGCCCAUAUACAGACUCGUCUUCAGCAGCAGAGGAAGAAUGUAAGAAAAGAGAGAAGACUAAAUGAACUUCAAGACAGAACUUCGUGAUUUUUUACUUAAAUAUUUGGUUAUAGUGAGAAAGUUCCCGUGCAUGUGCCUAGUUUGUUCAGACGGCCGCUUUUCACAGCUUUAGUUUAAUGGGAAGUUUGUGUUCAAUUGUAGCUGUCAUCCAAAUAGAAAGUAUCAAAGGCAGUAAUGAAUACCAGUUCCACCAAACACUGAAGUGAAGCAGACCUCAGUCUUAAAGUCCAGAUCAGUGAGAAGACUCACCUGAAAAUGUUCAGGUAAAACAAAAAUAAAUAAA